GACUCCAAUCGCUCCCCCAGAUUCCUAGCUCAACUUCCAGAGCUGACGUCAGCGGGCAGCCUUGGCAGUUCUCGCCGCUCCGGACAUAACGCUGUAAAAAUGCUGCUCUCCGUACCGCCAAGGACAGGAAUCAACCCCUACAACGGCUAUAACAGCAGAAACAGCAAAAAGCAAGCCUAUGUGUCCUCCAGCCAGCAGAUGGCACCCCCCAGUCCCAACACCAACAGCAGCAGUAACAGCAGCAGUGGGGGAGGCGAGCAGCUGAGCAAAACGAACCUGUACAUCCGUGGUCUUCACCCAGGUACCACAGACCAGGACCUGGUCAAACUCUGCCAGCCGUAUGGGAAGAUCGUUUCCACUAAGGCCAUCCUGGACAAGACCACCAACAAGUGCAAAGGUUAUGGCUUUGUUGAUUUCGACAGUCCCGCCGCUGCGCAGAAGGCAGUGACCGCCCUGAAGGCCAGUGGCGUCCAGGCACAGAUGGCCAAGCAACAAGAGCAGGACCCUACCAACCUGUACAUCUCUAACCUGCCGCUAUCCAUGGACGAGCAGGAGCUGGAGGCCAUGUUGAAGCCCUUUGGCCAGGUCAUAUCCACCCGCAUCCUGCGCGAUGCUAACGGGACCAGCCGCGGCGUGGGCUUCGCCAGGAUGGAGUCCACAGAGAAAUGUGAAGCCAUCAUUCAGCAUUUUAAUGGCAAAUACAUCAAAACUCCCCCUGGUGUCCCAGUGCCCACGGAACCGUUGUUGUGUAAGUUUGCGGAUGGGGGACAGAAGAAGCGGCAGAACCAGGGGAAGUACCUCCAGAAUGGACGGCCUUGGACCAGGGAUGGGGAGACAGGAGGGAUGACGUUAACGUACGACCCGACAGCCUUACAGAACGGGUUCUAUUCGUCCCCCUACAGCAUCGCCCCCAACCGAAUGAUUGCUCAGCCGUCCCUUUCCCCAUAUAUGCAUUCUCCUGUCUCCUCCUACCAGGUACACAGUCCCUCUUGGAUGCAUCACCAGUCGUACCUCAUGCAGCCAGCGGGGACGGUCCUGACCCCCACGUUGGACCAUGCCAUGUCCAUCCAGCCCACCUCCAUGAUGGGCCCCCUCACGCAGCAGCUCAGCCACCUCUCCCUGGGCAGCACCGGCACGUAUAUGCCCGCGAACACAGCUAUGCAAGGGACAUACAUCCCACAGUACACCACGGUGCCUCCGUCCAGUGUCUCAGUAGAGGACAACAGUGGUCAGCAGCAACAGGUUGCCAUAGAAACACCUUCAGAACACACAAACUACUCCUACCAGCAUAGCAAGUGAAGCGGAGCUCUUCGAGAAGGUACAUUCUGGAGUGGGGUCUGGGGACUCCUGCGCAGAGCCUGAUGGUGGCUCGGAUCUCUGGACACUAUGCACCAGGACUUUUACACAGAAGACAAAAAAGGAAACGCAUUUCUUUCUGAGAGGACAAACGCUUAUUUCGUCAGGCUUUUUUUUUUUUCUUCAGGAGUCAAGCAACCAAAGGUGGGGGAUAUCCACGAAGGAGAACAAACCUAUUUGUAUUUUGAUAACAGAAAAUCGAAGAAACAAAACAUUGAAAACAGAAUAACAAAUAGAGAAAGGGGGAAAUAACAAAAGCGUUACUUUUGUGCACGCAGUAUAGUGAGUUUUUAUUUUUUUAAAACAUUCUGGAGUUGCAGAGCGAGACAAGGAAAAGAAAGUUACAACACAACGUGUCUUUUUUAGGUUUCUUUUUGUAAAAUAUGCAAACUUUUAUUUUUUAGUUGUGUCUGUUUUUUGACAUUUUAUUAGCUGCAGUAGGACAAUUUUUGUACAGAUUCAAGAACUCGAACAAUGCAUUUUUGUCCAGUUUUGCAAUGUAGGUUUGAUAUCAUUAUUGUACUUUUAAAAAUGAAUAGUUUAAAAACAAACCGCUUAAAGCUACUACUUCCAAUCCGUUCCAAAUUGAAAAACAGCUAAACAGCUUCCAUUACAUUGAGAGGCAGAGCAGCUGGAGAGCAGACAUAAUUGAAAAUGCAUGGAGUUAUGCUAGAUGGUUAGGAUUAUUUAAACUAGUCUUUUAAAUCACCAACCAUUUAACGGAUUCCCUCAUAUACAAUACCAAGAGUAUUUUUAUUAAGAGCAAAAGACAAUCAUGACUAUUUUUCUAUUUAUAUUUUGGUCAUAGUUCUAUUUUUUUAGAAUGUAAAAGGAGAAACACAAACGUAUCAUGUAUAGUUUAUUUAAUUAGCCUAUUUAACAAAGUAUGUAAAUACUUAACAUAGAGGUUAGACAGCUUUCUAUCUGGAUAAGGGUCAAUGCUUAUUUGAGACUUUGGAUAUUCUAUUCACAAACAGGUAUCCAUUAUCAUGAAAAUACUUCAAUUCUACUCCAAUAAACUCUGAAGCCAUUAUGCAAGGACUCAUUCUCAUUGAGAUGAUUUCUUUAAACAAGAACCUGUUUCAAUUUCUGUCUUAUCAUAAAACAAAAUUACAAAAACCCUUGAUGCAUAAGAUUUGGUGUUCCUUUAAAGUAUUUUUUUAAUGUAUUUUGAAGUCACCUACAAAAUUUCAAGAAAGCAUUCAAAUCCCAUGAAUCACAUAUUUUAUAGCAUGAAAGAAGAACGGUUCCUGAAAUCUCUAGAGCAGCAAACCGAAAGGAUUAAUGCUCACACUCAUUCAAAUUAUAAUGACAUUAAACCCGGUGUAAUUCAGUUGUAACUGUUAUGAAAUUAUGCAGUCUGUUAGAAAUGUGAGGACUAUGUGACAUGAACAGAAUUAAAUAUUUUCCAAAAGUUGUAUCAUUCCUCUCUAUCAAACCCCUUAUAUAUGAUGUAGAUAUAUUAGUAGCCUAAUUAAUAUUAAUCUCUUAGACAGCCAGUGGCAGUGCAAUCAAUACUCUCAUAUUUGUGUUGUAAGACGCAAAGACGAGCUACCCUUUGAGAAAGGGAUAUCAGCUGUCGACACAAUCGGGAGAGUUCAUCAACUGCAGAAGUUAAACAAUUUGCAAGCAUAUAAUGCUGGAUAGAGAGCCUAACAAUCUGAUCAUGUUCAGCAAAUGAACUUACUGGAACACCCUCAAUAAGGGCAUUUAAAUGAGAAACGAUCAUUUCAAACUUAAAACAGGAAGUCAUUGCUCGUAAUCCCAAUCAUUUAAUUUUUGCAGUGAGGUCAUAUAUGUAUUUGUUUGUAUAAACAGAUUGUACAUUUUUUGUGGAGUGUUCUGUAGUGAUUAAGCUUUUUCCAACACGCCUGUGUUAACUUAGCAUACGAAUAUCUCUGCUCUGCAACAGUGAAUAGUGCUUCUCUAGCUCAGCACUGACAUCUUCCCCACAUUACCCGCAGGCCUGCUCUGUGGGCAGGUGCCAGAAUCGCAGGGCACCGCACUGAAGAAGUGGUUUUAAGCGGUUUCGUUCUCGUAGUUGCUGAGAAAACUGUUGGGCAAUCUCGCUUUUUUGCGUGGACAUACAAGUCAAGCAAAUGGUAAAAUAAGUAUGUAAACGUGUACAGAAACACUACAGAGUUGCAUAAGAAUUUUUUUUAAACAUGUCAAAGCAUGGGCAACGAUUUUUGAAUUGAGCUCAAUGUUUUGUGUCUGAUAAUGUUUUGUGCUAGAUGGCGGGAGUAGCUGUGGGUGGUUUUAGAUUAUUGCUUUCACAAUGCUGCUGUUACUUUGUUUUACUCCUUUCUUUCACAUUUAAAAAAAAAAAUGUUUUCUGUUUUGGGGCUUUUAAUUCACUUGAAAACUUUUUUUAGAUUUAUUGUCAUUUUUGUUGAAAAAUGUUUUUUUAAAGAAAUUUCUUUAGAUAAUGUAGAUCUUUAAUAGGGAAAUAACUUUUUUAGGAGUGUAGCUUUUAGCUUUUUUUAAAAGAUUCAUAGGAUUUUGAAAUUAUGCUUUAGUCUGUGAGUUUGUACAUGGUCCAUGCAAACCGCAAAUUUAUUUAAACCUUUUUCCAAAUUUCUGAUAUGGUGCAUCUUUUUCCUUUCAAUGUCUUUUUUCUCUUUCACUCAUAUCCAAAAAGGGCUUUGCUGUAUUUUUUGGGGGGGGGGUUGAUUUGCAAUGAAAACCUUUAUGUCUUGCCAGCUUUGGGCAAAAUGUAAAACAGCAGUCGUUCCAUUUAAAGUUACCAGAGAAUUUUUCAAAUUCUAAACAGGCAUGGUGCUACAUUACGAAAAACAUUAGUCAAGUGUAUUAAAAAUUGGAUUGAAAUUAGAUUUUAAAACAGAUGUCACAAUUACCGUAAUGCUUGAUCCACUCAUCCCUGCCUUAUCUUUCGUCAAACUGCCCAAGCCUUUUAAAGGCAUGCUAUGCAGGACUUUGUUGUGGUCCUGUGUUUACAAUCAAAGUAGUCUCCUCCUCCGUCCACCCCACCCCUCCCCACACAGAAAAGAGCCCUGCUAUUUCCUGAACAAUAAAUACAGAGGAGCACAGGUUUGGCAAAUUAAGAGUAUUGAGUCCUUGCGGUAAGACCCACCCAAGACUCAGCAUUUUGCCAUCCUUAAAUUUGCCUGAUGUAAAAAAAACAUUCUGAAAAAAUACCAAAAAUAUGAGAUGUUAUGACAUUUAAAUGGUGAACUCUAUCAUAUGUUCUUUGUGUGAUCAAUAAAUAAUAAUUGUAUUUUGCCAGAAACAUGUUAUAAAGAAUCUACACAAUGAUUUAGCAUACAGAACAUGCAACAUACCUAUCAUAGGAUGCAGGCCCCAAACAAUCUGAUGAAAAAGCAGCAAGUCCACACGUUUAGUUCAUUUUCAUCUCAAUAUAUAGAUUUUCUCCCAAAAAUAGUCAAUAUUUGUUAUCACCAGAUAUCAGCUCCAUAUCUUUGGAUACAUUUUCUCCCAGGUGAAUUACUGCAGGUAAAUGUAGGCUAUUUAGUUAGUGCGGUCAUACACCCAUUCAAAGAACAAGCCAUCAUGCUUUUUAGGUUAUGAAAUAUGGCAACAUUUUCCAUUGAGCAAAUAGCAUAUUCUUGGUAUUCUUGUAGCCUUCCUGUGCAAGUGUAAUGAUAGUUAUUUCUUGGAGCAGUCAUAUUUCUGGUGCCUAAAAGUUUUCUGGAUGGUUAAACAUCCUGGAUAAGUGGUAGAGCUUUAAAAAUGCCUUGAAACCCAUCUGGCUAUGGUAUCUUUGCGAAACAGAAUGUGUAGCAGCAUACUGUAUGCACCGUACACAAAGCAGUGUGGCUAUAAGAUAUCAGUCUGUGGCAUGGCGGAUCUUCUGAAAUGCACUAAACUUGGAAAGCCAGUUUUCCUCUUGAGGAAUAAAUAGACCUGUUUUUUUGGUUUUGUAAAUUCAACUUCAAAUACAAUGUGUGUGCAGAAAGGGCUAUUCAAUUGGAAAUAUUUUUUUCAAGAAUGGUAAUGUAAGUUUUGUUUCCCUAAAGUAAGCUCUUUUGUAGAGAAAUGUCAGAGAUAGUAAAUUGAUAUAUAUAUCUCUGAAUUAAUGAAUGUGCAUUAUGGCUUGGUAUAAACGUGUACACUCUAAUAAGAUAAGGUUUGUAUUUGAACUUUAGGGAUUCAAAAUCAUUGCUACUCUGGGGGAACCUAUAAGCUUCAUUAACUUUUUGUAGGGUUCAAUUGGGACAUCCUUUAAUGAUAAAUAAAGGAAUCUGGUGAUUUGAGUGCAGGAAAGGGAAUGUAAUGCUGAAUCCAAACAUGCACAAUUCAGAAACAAUCCCAGGCUUUAAUUGCCUGUGGGAUUAUACAAUUUGGACAUUAAGAGUAAAAUGCAUCAAAUUGUCCAAAUUAAAUUAAAUGUCCCCCCUUUGUUUUUGUAAUGGUGCUGCAUUAUGAAAAUCAUUAGUCAAGUGUAUUAAACUUUGGACUGAAAUUAGAUUUUAAAACAUAUGUCACAAUUACCUUAAUGCUUGAUCCAUCCAACCAGACCUUUCCCCUGCCUUAUCUUUCGUCAAACUGCCCUACGUCUUUUAAAGGCAUACUAUGCAGGAUUUACCUUUGCUGUGGUCCUGUGUUUACAAUGAAAGUAGUCUCCUCCUCCGUCCUCAACCCUGCCACACUCCACUGAAACCUGAUCUAAUUGGAUAGAAUUUUUCCUCUGCCCUGGUCAACUUUGUCCUGUUUUUUAUACUCUAAAUAACUUUGGAGAAAGAGAAAGACACUUCUCUCUCUCUCUGUUUUUGCUGCUUGGGUUUUCUCUUUUCGUCUUCCUCUCUCUGUUUCUCUCUCUCAAAAGUGUUGUUUAUGUAUCUUACCAAAGACAACAAAGCCAUCCAUACACCAUUUAGCAUUCUGUCUGUAUGUCCAAGUACACCUUUAGGGGAUUAAAAAGCUGAAAUCUCAUCUCCUUUUGCAUAUGUGCUGAACUUUUUUACUUGUGCAUUUUCUGUUUGGCCAGAGGAGAUAAUAUCUUCCAUCGUUUUUUGUGGGAGAUGUAGCAGAUACUAUGGAUAGAUGCAAUUUGUCACAACUCAUCUGAAGCAGAAUGAUGAUAUUGCUAAGUGAGCAGGGAAAAUGUUAUAUGAUAUGACAAUGAUAUAUGAGAUUUCAGCCUUUUCCUUUAAAUCUUUCUGUAUAUAAUGAGACUCCCCGCUCUACUUUUUUGUUGUAACAUUGUUAGGACCAUCCUUACAUUUUAUGCCCUUUUCCUUGUUUUACUGUUGAUUGUUGUUUGUUUUGUGAUUUUUUUAUGUUCAGAUACACAUAUUGCCAUCACAGGUUUAUCACACAGAGUGCACCUCAUGAAGGAGUCUAGGUUUGAUUCUUGACUUUUAAAAGCGAAACUGAUAAAUUAUGUCUCAGCCACUAUGUAUGGAAACAUAACAUGGCUUUGAAACUAUGAAAUGACCAGUUACGUCGCAGUGUUUCCCUUGAAAGCACGUCUUGUCAAGUGCCGAUCUAAAUUUGGGUCAAAGUCGGGGGAAAUUGGAUUGAAAUGAAAAGAUGGUUGAUUUCUGAUGAGUUGCAUGUAGCUAGUCCAGAUUUGUUUCUAAAAUUGUGAAAAGCGUAGGAACUGUAAUGCAGCUACCCAAAAUAAAGGCAUAUUUAUUUGUUGGAAGUGCUACCAUCAUUGUAGGAGAAUCGUUUUACCUCAGUCUCUCAAACCUCAUAAUAAUCCAUAAAUUAAUUGGGAAGGUUUGCAGAUUAACCGAGUCAGCCAACAAGGAACUAGGCAGUAGGCUGUUAUGUGAGAGAGCCAAUCAGAGUUGGCACAGAAGUUCUUGGUAUAUCAUGUUUUGAAUAGUGUCUUAUGUUAAAAAGUCAUGCUUUUUCUUUGUGAUAAAUACACAAGCUUGGCUAGCCUCAUGUAGCUUAAAUGGUUUAUUUCAUAGUUUCAAAAGGUUUUGCUGCUAACAGGAGAUGUGAAAGCAGUUUGUGAGUGGUGAGCUAUGCUUGUUCAAAGCUGAAUAUGUCAGUUCAUUUUUACAAAACCUGGAGGAUUCAACACUUGCCAAUGCCAAUUUUUCAUAAAAUUGCAACUAAGGGCUGAGCUAUUUUAUGAUUUUUAAGUCCCCUCGUCUAUUCUGUUCUAUUCUUGAUGCAAGUUGUACUGGUAAACCCUGUAAACAAAAUGUAUGCCUGAUUACUAAAUCUUAGAUACCAGGAUACCCUAAAAAUAAUGACAUUUUUGCCUGACAGUAAUUUGUGGUUACUGAUUGAUGAGAGAUUUAAAAAAUUAGGAGCUUGCUUUAUGUGCCUUUGACAGCUGUAGUGCAACAAGACAUUGUGCCUCAGAUGUACAGAUCAGCCCCUCAUUUUAGUUUAGAAUAGCAGCAUGUUUGGUCCUAAACAUCCUUCCCUUACACAACUAUAAAUAAUAUAAUAAUAAUAAUAAUAAUAAUAAUAAUAACUCAAAAUUCAUUAUCAUCAUCAUCAUCAUCAUAUAUAUAAUGUUAUGAAACAUAUAAAAACAAAUAAAAAAGAAUGAACCUAUAGAAUAUUGAGUCUUUAUCUGGCAACAUAUGUAGUCAUUGAAGUUAAAUCAUUUCAGGUCCCAUUAAACUUCAAAUGGAAAUAGUCAAAUACAAUCAUGCCCAGGUAGGAAAUAUGUAAUAGAAUCAGAUUAAUAGUAGUAGAAAUAAGCAAUAUAAACAAAAAAUGACAGUCACAGUUGUGUACUAGAAGUUGGAAAUUACUCAUGGUACAGUAAGCAUUACUACCACUAACUGUAAUUUUUACACAGACAUACUGUUCAAAUAUUAAAACUUUUAUAAGCCAAAACAGGCUGUAUUGUCUGGGACAUAUACACUUGCAGAGGUAUUGAUGUUUUAUUUGAAUAAAGUGCCACCAUUUUAAAGUAAAAAAAAGUUACACCACCUUAUGUUGGCAAGGUGACAGGGCCUGAGAUCAGAAUCAUGCCCAUCAUUAGUCCUUCUAACUGUAACUAACUAUUGGCAAACAUAAUUCUCCAGGUUUAAGUCAACUUUUUUUAUAAGACAUGUAGCUGGCUCCUCACUCACAAUACAUUGGCUUUUAAACAUUUUCCUCAAUCAUACAAUAACUCAUUUGUAUAAUAUAUGAACAGAGAAAUGUUUUGGUAUUUAGCUAGCUAGCUUGCUAGCUAUUUUUGUCUUCCUGUGCCAUAGAGUUGCUGGUUUCUUUGUUACUCUUGUUUUUUUAUUCAUGGAAGAAAAAAAUCACAGCUUUUUGAAUUGUUUUUGUUUCUUCUUUGGAUUUACUCUUUGAAUUUGACAUGUCCAGUUUUCUUUUUUAAUUAAAAAAGUUCUUGUUUUUCA